UACUAGUUGACAAUCAUUGAUGCACCACCAAAUGAGAGUGAGACUGCUUCUGUUUUAUAUCACCCAAUGCAACACUCUCUUCUAAUUCCCAUCUACAGUUAGCCCCAAAUCUGGGGUUAGGGUUUCCUCUGCGUCGAUGGCUUCGAAUUCGAUCGACGGCGACGCCGUUACGGGGUCGGGACUGUGCAUAAACGACGUGUUAAGGGACGACGAGCUGCGUUCCAUUCUGGGGCGAGUGGAGAGCGAGAAGGACAAGGAAACGUUCGGGUUGGUCUGCAAGCGAUGGCUUCGGUUGCAGAGCACGGAAAGGAAGAAACUCGCCGCACGUGCGGGUCCCCACAUGCUCCGAAAAAUGGCCGAUAGGUUCACACGCUUAGUCGAACUGGACCUCGCUCAGUCCGUCUCUCGUUCCUUCUAUCCCGGCGUCACCGAUUCCGAUCUCGCCGUCAUCGCCACUGCCUUCACUUGCUUGAAGAUCCUCAAUUUGCAUAAUUGUAAAGGAAUUACAGAUGCUGGAAUGAAGGCUAUUGGUGAACAUCUUUCCUUAUUACAGUCGUUGGAUGUGUCUUACUGUAGAAAGCUGACUGACAAGGGAUUAUCAGCUGUUGCCAAAGGCUGUUGUGACUUAAGGAUAUUGCAUAUGGCGGGUUGCAGAUUUGUUACUGAUGGUGUAUUAGAAGCUCUCUCCAAAAAUUGCGGUAACUUAGAGGAGUUGGGAUUGCAUGGCUGCACAAGCAUUACUGACAAUGGACUGAUAAACCUUGCAAGUGGAUGUCGACGGAUCAGGUUUUUAGACAUAAAUAAAUGUAGUAAUGUCACUGAUGUUGGGGUUUCUAGUGUUUCUAGGGCUUGUUCAUCUUCUCUCAAGACAUUGAAAUUGUUAGAUUGCUAUAAAAUUGGGGAUGAAACCAUAUUAUCCCUCGCCGAAUUCUGUGGUAAUCUGGAGACUUUAAUCAUUGGUGGUUGCCGGGAUGUCUCUGCUGAUGCGAUAAGGUCGCUGGCUGCUGCAUGUGGAAGCAGCCUUAAAAACUUGAGGAUGGAUUGGUGUUUAAACAUUUCUGAUUCUUCAUUGAGCUGUGUUUUAAGUCAAUGCAGAAACCUUGAGGCACUGGACAUUGGUUGCUGUGAAGAGUUGACUGAUGCUGCUUUUCAGCUAUUAAGCAAUGAGGAGCCUGGAUUGAGUUUGAAGAUUUUGAAGAUUAGUAAUUGUCCAAAGAUCACAGUGGCAGGUAUAGGCAUCAUUGUGGGUAAAUGCACGUCUCUGCAAUACUUGGAUGUGAGGUCAUGCCCGCAUAUUACAAAGGCUGGCCUAGAUGAGGCUGGUUUCCAUUUUCCUGAAUGCUGCAAGAUUAAUUUUAAUGGUAGCGUUAAUGAGCCUGUUGUGCUUCUUUGAUACUCUAAUUAUUUUAAAAGAUUGGCUUCAUAGUUAAAUGUUCCUAUAUAAACGUUAUUGAUAAGGCGUGCCUUUGUAUAUUUGAUGAGAAUGUGGUCUGUUCUGGUGAUGUUAGUUUUCUUGUGCAACUCACGUAUCAUGUAUGUCAGUAAAUGACAUUGGAUGUAUCAUAUUUUAUUGAUCAGUUCAGCUGUAAAUUUGAAGAGAACAUUUCCCCCC